AUGCCUAGGAGAAAGCAGCCCAAGCAUGAGGGGUGCUCCGUCCACCAGUGGAAUCCGAAGUUGGUGUGGCUGGGACCAGGAGAGAAUAGUACGCAUCUUGCAGCUGUUCAAGAAACUGGCGGAAGUCGCUUCGCUAAGAGUCUCCGUGAGGGGGAGGACCGGUGGGUUAACAUCUACUGUUUUGAUGCAAACCCUUGCCGGGCGUUGCCGAAAGCUGAUUUCUUCCGCGAGUCGGAGUAUUUUCAGAAUAUCUACGCCCAGAACUCGGCUGUCAGCGCGCUCCGUCUCCCGGACCAGGUAGGUUUUCAAGACACCCAUUUCAUUGCGGACUUUCUUUGGGCAGGUGAUUAUGCUGUCCAAGAAAAGAAUAUUGUCAACUACAGGUUUCGCAAUGUUGAGCCCCGUCACCCUGUUUGCAAAGCCUGCGAAAACCACUGCUUCCUACUUGCUCUUCACUUGGAUAUAUUCCUCUCCGCACGGCACCUGGGUAUGGAAACCCUUCAACUCCUAGCAAUGGAGAAGUUCUGCCAGGCCAUCAAAAAUUCUAGUGACUCUGUUCUAAGAUGGAUUGUUCCAUACGUGUACCAGACGGCGGUCUUUCGCCUUGAGAUCAUCGCAGGGAUUGCGUACCCAUAUGCGAUUGCAGGACUCAUCGACUACCGCCCAAUCCUUGUGGUUGGUGAGAUCGUCACGUAUAUCCAGCGAUCGAAUUUGCACAUACGUGAACCGCUCUGGGACAUCUCACUGGGGCGUUUUCAGCCCGUGAACUAUUUUGAAUAUUUGCGGGAGCACAUCCCCGACUUUAGUUUUCAUUUGGAGAGGGCGUUAGAGGUGGCUUACCCAGGAUAA